AUGCCUAUCACAGGCGUGUACUUCAUCCCUUCAAAUCCAAACGCUGCAACAGCCCUCCAAUUAGUAACAGAGCGCCUCCGCGCCGCCUUCCCAAAUGAAGAACUAACUCCAAUCGGCCGCUGGGGUUUGGAACAAAAACUGCUCCGCGACACCCCAGGCCUACUUCCCUCCUCAAACUCAAACAAGAAACCCCCAAACCCUCGCUACAUGCAAUUCCUCUCAUUAACCCACUACCCAACCCAUGGCUUCAUCUACACCUCGGAGCCCGAGAAACCAGUCCCAGCACCAAACCAAACUCAAAACCAAAACGCAGCAGGCACACCUGGCCCUGUAAAUGCCAUCGCGCCUGACCACUCUCCCUCCCCACCAAUGGUCAUGACUACUGUUCCCCCCUCGUCAUACGGAACCCUCUUCCAGCACUUCACCUACGCUUGCCAGCCCUUCUGGGCCCACCGACUCACGCUAGCUGUCCCGAACGGGAUUGUCUAUGAGGUUGGCGACUUCCGCGUGCGUCUUGGUGACGUGCGGCAGACGUUCCCGACGGCGCGGAUGCGUGGUACAGUCAUUGAGAUUGAGUGGCGUGGUCCAUCGGUUGUGGAAACGAUUCCUGUGGACCGGGAGGAUGGGUCAUUUGGCGCUGGUGUUGGUGGCGAUGCAGACGUUGAAGCUGCGGGCAUCGACUUCGCUAGUUCUGCGAUUGAGGAGUCGGAUAUCGAUGCGGAAUAUGCAGCGACUGCGUCGCUGAUUAGAGAGUUUUGGGGGAGAUUGGGUGUCGAGGCUAGGGAGGCGAUUCUUAUCCCAAAUGUUGGGAUGGAGGUCAAGGAGCGGUUGAGGAGGUGGAAGAAGGCUGGCUCUGGGGUUGAUGCUAGGGCUGAUACUAGUGUUGAUGGGGCUGGCUCUAUGGUUAGUGAGCGUACUGAGGAAGAUCCUGAUCCAUGGUCUGGGGCGGAUGUUGCUAGGCAGUUUAUGGAGGUCUUGAGGUUUAAUAGAUAG